AUGAGUGAUGUCGCACAGCCUCACAAUGCGGCGUUUGCUCGUCUGUACACUGCCAGGUUGGAAAAUGCGUUAUCUCCCCCGUAUGGAGACGACUUGGGGCUAAUUCGGCGCCUUGCUUGUUUAUUUCCAGAGUCACUCCAGGGGCCCCACGAGAAACGAUUGCUGCACACCCUGCUGGACCACUACAACGUCCUGGAGCGGCCCGUCGCCAAUGAGUCCGAUCCACUACAGCUAAGUUUUGGUUUGACCCUCAUGCAGAUCAUCGACGUGGAUGAAAAGAACCAAAUCCUUACCACAAACGCUUGGUUAAAUUUGGAGUGGAACGACGUGAACCUCAGGUGGAACUCGUCAGAGUUCGGCGGCGUCAAGGACUUGAGGAUACCGCCGCACCGCAUCUGGAAGCCAGACGUGCUAAUGUACAACAGUGCUGAUGAGGGUUUCGACGGGACGUAUCCAACGAACGUUGUGGUCAGAAAUAACGGUAGCUGCUUGUACGUUCCACCGGGCAUCUUCAAGAGUACAUGCAAGAUAGACAUUACGUGGUUCCCCUUUGAUGAUCAGCGGUGUGAGAUGAAGUUCGGUAGCUGGACCUAUGACGGCUUUCAGCUGGAUUUGCAGCUACAAGACGACACGGGCGGAGACAUCAGCAGCUUCAUAACGAACGGUGAAUGGGAUCUCCUAGGUGUUCCCGGGAAAAGGAACGAAAUUUACUACAAUUGCUGCCCCGAACCUUAUAUAGACAUAACUUUUAUCAUUAUCAUACGGCGCCGGACCCUGUACUACUUUUUCAACCUUAUUGUUCCAUGUGUUCUCAUCGCCUCCAUGGCUGUUCUUGGCUUUACUCUGCCACCGGACUCAGGCGAAAAACUAUCUUUAGGUGUUACUAUCCUCCUGUCUCUGACAGUAUUCCUAAACAUGGUGGCCGAGACGAUGCCAGCCACCUCCGACGCUGUCCCCUUAUUAGAUGUCACCGUUCUUCUCUCUCUAACGUUUUUCCUUAAUAUGGUUGCCGAGACCAUGCCUCCGACUUCAGAAAGACCGUUAAUAGGUACAUAUUUCAACUGUAUCAUGUUCAUGGUGGCGUCUUCCGUAGUUUCCACGAUACUCAUUUUAAACUAUCACCAUAGGAAUGCGGACACACAUGAAAUGUCGCCGUGGAUCAAGACAAUCUUCCUGCACUGGCUGCCGUGCGUGCUGCGCAUGAGCCGGCCUGGCAUGGAGGCGGAGGCGGCGGCCGGCGGCGCGCGCAACAAGACGCUGCAGCUGCGCGAGCUGGAGCUGAAGGAGCGCUCCUCCAAGAGCCUGCUAGCCAACGUGCUAGACAUCGACGACGACUUCCGCCACCACGGCGGCUCCGCGGCCGAGCUGCGCGUCAUCACCGACAAGCUGCGCAAGGAGGACGAGGCGGCCGAGGUCACCAACGACUGGAAGUUCGCCGCCAUGGUCGUCGACCGCCUGUGCCUAAUCGUCUUCACGCUCUUCACCGUCAUCGCGACUAUAGCCGUGCUCUUCUCGGCGCCGCACAUCAUCGUCACGUAA